AUGCCAAAUGGCAAGAACACCAAGUUAUGUAUUGAGAAGUGGUGUCUUCUCCCCCCAUAUAAUCACAGAAUCUCCAAAAAAGAGUGGAAGACAUACUACAAAGAACAAUCUGCACUAGACAAGGCCAAUAUGUGUGGAUACCCUGCUAAACCUACUCUCAAGCCAGAGGGGCUGUGUGCCAAUCCCUGGAUGGUACUACAGACAGCUUUGCAAAAUAUUGCUGCCACAAUCUACAGGAGUGUCCUGGAUGAAGAUGAAAAGAUUGCAAUUGCUUGCACAUUGCGCAGGUUGUUGUAUCUUCUUGAACUGGAUGGCAAAGUUGACAAUAUCUGCAAAGACUUGACUCUAUUCACCAUUUGGCAUUGGAACCUCAAUUGA